CUUCUGUUCAUUUGUGAAGAAACCUGAGCCACGGAUAAAUGAAUGGUUUAAGCUUGCAGAGGGUUCAAAACAAGUUAAACAUUUAAGGGAACACGAGAACGGAUUAACAGAAAGAGAUUGAAGCUUAGCGAUGGCCUCUCUUCUCAGUCCCUCUGCAGCAAUUUCUCUUCGACUCAAGUUGAAUCGUUCAAGUGCCGUAUCUGCAAAUACACCCUCCAAAAUUUGUUAUACUUUUCCUGGAAAUGGAAGAUGUCAAAGGUUAAGUUUCAAGACCAAAGCUGCGGGUUCAGUUGAAGGAAAUGUACUUGACAAAGAAUCGGCUAGUAUCAGUGACAAGAUAGAUUAUGGAGUUGUUGGUAUUCACCAUGUUGGAAUUCUAUGUGAAAACCUUGAAAGAUCGCUUGAAUUUUAUCAGAAUAUUUUAGGUCUUGAAAUAAAUGAGGCUAGGCCACAUGAUAAGCUUCCAUACAGAGGUGCUUGGUUGUGGGUGGGUUCUGAGAUGAUACAUUUGAUGGAACUUCCAAACCCAGACCCCUUAAUCGGAAGACCUGAACAUGGAGGCCGAGACCGUCAUGCUUGUAUUUCAAUUCGAGAUGUAUCUAAGCUGCAAGCAAUCCUUGACAAAGCCGGUAUUCCCUACACACUUAGCCGAUCCGGGAGGCCAGCAAUAUUUACACGAGAUCCAGAUGCAAAUGCACUAGAAUUCACACAAGUUUGAAGCCUGUGAUAAUACUCCAGGAUACAAAAUAUGUAUAUAAUAAUUGAUAAUGCUAAGUAUUCACAUUUUGAAUUAUAUUCUAAAGAUAGCUUAAUAAAUAGAAAAGUCUUUAUACAA